AGAGAAAGGAGGAGGGGUCGGCAGACGGCAAAGCAGGAGAGGGAGGGAGAUAGAGGAGGAAAAAGGAGUGGCUUUCUGUAGAUAGGCGCCCCUUGCCACCAGAGUAAAGUCUUCUCUCAGAGGCAGCUCAUGGGAGUGAAAAUAAAACAGAAAAAUUGACACACAGAGCAGAAAAGAAGAAAAGAAGAAGAUAAAGGCCUGCAUUUGUUCCAGGCUUUAUCAGGGUUUCAUUCCACCAUGGCAUCAGCAGCUCCCCAAAAAAGGAUGGUCUCCUCCGUCUUCAUCACGCUGUCGUCCCCUCACAGAGCCACAGUGACACAGCAGAAGAAACCUGCCCUCCAAACGCAGAGUAGCUCGGCUCCAAACAGACAGCACACCUUUGCCAGAGCCAACCCCGAAGAUGACAACCUUGCUGUUCUCAGGCAUAAAACAGGGGAUCAGUCACCACCUCACACCCACGACAGACACUGGACUCAUGAAGGGCCGCGGUCCAAAGCCUCAGACUCACAGAGUCAACCCCAACCUGCCCAAACAAGACGACCGAAAGCAGAGGUGCAGGAGACAAACGGGAGAUCUGCAGAGCUCUUCCCUCCCCCUCCUCCUCCUGAUGUGCUACCUUCAUCAUUUUCUGAGGACUCAGCACUCCCUCCACCUCCUCCAUGCCUAACAUCUUCACUUGAUCCACCGAGUCCCCACCAGCAGUCACUUUCCAACAAAGAGGUGCAUGCUGCCUCCUCACCGUCCAUAGGCUCAAAUGGUGAUGACGAGGCUAUUGCUAUUCACAAAAACAGUCAUGACAUGACCACAGAGAGCAAAGAUUUGUGUGGCUUCUGUCGGAAACCUAUGGCUCUUUCUGAACCUGCAAUAGAAGCCCUGAACAGGAUUUAUCAUGAGGGCUGCUUCCAGUGUAGAUCCUGCCACAUUCCCCUGGCUGGGAAACAUUACUACAACAAGGCAGGCAUCCCACUUUGUGAAGACUGCUAUCAGGCCAGUUUGGAGCUCUGUUGGUCGUGCGGGGAAGUUAUUACAGAUCAGAUAAUCCGUGCAAUAGAGAGAACGUACCAUCCAUCCUGCUUUACCUGCACAACAUGUAAGCAGCAAAUAGGAGCACAGGCCUUUGCUCAGGGGGAGGUCGGUGAAGUGUACUGCCUGCAGGACUACUACAGGAAAUAUGCUCCAAAGUGUAGUGCCUGUGACCAACUCAUCAUUCCUAAGGAAGAUGGUACUGAUAGCUACACUGUUGAGUGUCUGGGGCACUCCUACCAUGAGAACUGCUACAGAUGUGAGGUCUGCGGCAUCCAGCUCUCCCCUGAACCAAACGAGCAUGGCUGCCAUCCAUUGGAGGGGAAAUUGUUGUGCAAAGCCUGCCAUGUGAACCUGGUGUCCGUGCAGCAGUAAUAUAAGCCAAACUAUCGGAAAGCAAUAAACACUCCAUAUUCAAACAAAUGAGAGACAUGUGCCUUUUCAGGAGUUUAUGCAUCAUAAUGAUUUAUAUCAAAGGAGCAUUUAAUUACUUUUCAAUAUAUCUGGCUUUCUGGAAAAGAGAAUUCUACUUUUCUUUUAUACUUAAUAAUUUUACACUCUGUACUAGAGAUAGAAAUGCAUCGAACAUAUUUAUGCAACUGGCUUUGCAAAAACUAUUUGUAACAAACUAGUAGAAUAUGGUUCAUCAUGCUUUCACUCAGCUUUGUACGAAAAUAACAAAAUAUUGUACUCAUUUAUAGAAAAACUGAAGUAAAAAAUUACAUAAGGCCUCAUAAAUCAAAUUAAAUAACACAUGCAAUCAAGAUGUUGCACACAGUAUGUACUUAUAUUAAGUCAUAAUUCAAUAACUGGUGGAGACAAAUCAGAGUAGAAAUUAGAGGCAAGCUGCUAAACAUUAAAUCCAGCAUUUUUUCUGUGAUAGUAUCCCCCCCGAUGUGUCAAAUUGUUAAAAAAAAAAUGUCUCUGCUUCUUCUUCAGUUUCAUCUUUAAAGCACAUAUCACACAAUAGCUUCUCGAAUGACUGGUCUGUUAAAAUAUAUAAAGAAAAAGGAA